GAGAAGAGGACGUAUUCCUGUUGGAUUGGGCGCUUAACAUGCUUGUGUGAGCGCGCAUGCUUCUGAGACUUGACUUCAAUGGGAGUUGGGCGUAGAAAGCGCCGAAAUGUGCUUUUAGCAAUACGAGCUGGUAGGUGCCGUAUCUCCUAAAGGUCACAAAACAGGCUAACAUAGCUGAAUGAUAGAAUGGUUUCGAAGGCAUGACGAUUCUCCAUUUCGUAAACCAAGGAUGGUGUUGCUCUCAACUCUGGAUGACAGUCUAUAGAGACUGAGUUGUCGAUUGUACCUAGUCCAUGAGGUACACAUGAUAUCAUUGGAGUUAGUAGAUGAUGCUGACAACAUAUAUCGUGACGUCUCUUCCAAACCUUAGAUUUACGAAGCGUAUUUGGAUCUCUGGUGUAUAUGAACCACCCAGAUCAUCUAUUCAUCUCAAAGACUCGGGAUAAUCCUCUAGUUUAGCUAGAUCUUUCUAAGUCUGUUGAAAUUGCACCGUUUUACAUACCGCAAAUUCCGCUUUUACUCUUUCAAAAUGGCACCCAGGUACAAGAAGGGACAAAUGGUUACCUACAAGCCUGUCGGAGGUCCUGAUUCAAACACACCGGAGAGUGUUGGUAGGAUCAACGACGUUCUUACUGAACCGGGAAAGCAGGCCGACAGAAAUGUCCAGGCCAGUUCUGAUAACCCGCGAUAUGAGAUCGUCAAUGACAAUACUGGCAAGACCACCACAAUCUACGAAACCAACAUCCUAGGUUCAGCCUAGUCAGUCCGACGUAACUGGGUAGUUUCGACAUCGCUCAUGGUUUCUGGUGAUGAUUUCAGUGGCGUAAAGGAGGGGUAACGGCUUAUCUUGUACAACUCGUCGGAUGUGGAGUCGUCAAUUAAUAGGAUAUUGGUAUCGAAUGACCAAUCCAAUACACUCAUUAAAACCAACUUCUAGCGUCUCUUCAUUGAGCUCUGCGACGUUUUGUGUGCUCACUGGUGUUUAUAAUCAUAGGUUGAUCCCAGCUCGACAGAAGUUCCCGUUUGAUUUGGGUGCUGCCU